CGACUCAGGCAGACCCGCCCCUCCCAGUUAGUAACUCAUUGUUAGUAACUAGUUAGUAACUCUACUACAAGUAUAAUGAGCGGGUCCUCCUUCCUGCUCCUCGACUCAGGCAGACCCGCCCCUCCCAAUCCGCUACAGAGACGAAUGUCAGUCCUGGUAGACCAGCAGAGACAGCCAGUAGCUCUCCUACACUCAGACGGUAACGGUGUCUCCAUCAGACCUGUUCUCAGAAGUCUCAAAUCUACUGGCUCUGUUACCAGGCUAUUUGACGAUCCUUAUGGUGUAGCCGAAGAACCACGCACUAGCAACAUAUCAAUGCCUCAGUUUAUUCCAAAGCCCUCCAAUCCUAACUUUCUCGCGGACAAAAAGGAGUUUGAGAAGCAAUGUCAGUGGAAAGGAGAGCGGGUUAAGAGUACGGACUACAUGCUGCUCAACAUUACUGCACUCUUCAUCAUCACUGUCAUAGUCGCAGCUAUAAUAUUUUUCAGCCUAUGGAGAGACGUAAGCGGAGAGAUGUGGUUACUCUACUUCGGUCUAGGUAUAGCAGCUUCUCUAGUUCUCCUCGCUCUCCUCCUGGUAAAACUCCACUUCUGCCUGAAGAGUCAGGGCUACAACUUCCUGUUCAGGUCCCAGAACCACUACCCUCCCCCAGUGCCUGUCAAGAAAGAUUUAGAUAGGAUUAAAGAGUGCGACAUUCAGCAGAUUGACAUUGAAGUGGGUACAUCAGAAAAAGUGAAAGAGAAAGCGAAAGAAUGUGGAAAGGACGGUGACUCCGAGGGGGAGGAGGAAAGUUUGUUGUAGAAAUGGUGAAGGGGUUGUUCAGCUUUUUAUUUAUGCGUCAGGGCGCGGUUAUAUAUUAAUGGUAGUUUUUAUAAUUUUAUUAGCUCAAGUUUUAGAGUUUUUGUUAAAUUAUUGAAGUUUGUGUUUUUGAUUGAUUAUUUAUGUUAUUUAAUGAUUUACCUAAUGUCUAACUUUUGCUAUUUUCAUUCUGGUUUGGAAAUACUGCAAGUUGUUUGUUACUGUAACGGUUAUUGAUCGAGAGGAUGGUUUUGAAAUGUUUAAUUUAUAGCUUUUAUAAAUAUCAACUGUUGUUACUGCGCUGCAGCUG